AUGCAGUUCCUAUCUCGGCCGCAGAGGCACCAAUCUUGGACUAAAGAUCGUAGUCAGCGCCGUUACAAGUCACUUAGAUGUGUGCCUUAUUGGGAAAGGAAGUUUUGCACGACGGUUGGAUCAGUCCCAUGGCGAAAACUCGUCGAAACAAAGAAGUACAUGUCUCUCUAUAAAAACAUCGUUGAGUGGAAUGACUCGGCCGGAGAAGAGGCCUUCAACAACGCGAAAAACCGGUUUUGGGCGGAGAUGAACGGCCUGAUUCCCAGCUCCGACAUAUCUUUGCCGGAUCCCGACAUGUACAUUGAUGACAUAGAUUGGAGCUCAUCAUGCAACAAUAUUGAUCCUCAACUGAUUUUAGACUUGGAAAAGAGCAAGAAAACUAAACCUUCCGAUGAUCGUGAAGCCGAAACCCUAGGCAAUGAUCGUAAUGUUGUGGAUGAUAAGAAAAAUCCUUGGGAAUCUGCUUGUGUUGGUCAGAUUAAAGCUGCAGCUAUAGGAGGAGGAUGGAACACCAACACUACUUGGAACAACAACAAUUCAAGAUAUAAGACAUCAACGCCGUCGAGAUUUCGCGGUGGUUACAAUGAUCACAAGUUUGGAGGGUGGUGGUGGAACAACGGAGGAAGGAGAAGGAACAGAUAUUCAGUUCAAGUUGCUUAUGAAAACCUAGCUUCUUGUUAUUGA